CUUAAAUCCCUGCAUUCUUUAUAGAUAUACAGUAGAUGCAAAACAGUCUCGAUUCUUGGUUAAAAGCAAAAAAAAAAGUGCAGUUAGCAUUUAUUUUAUGUAAAUAUGUCAAAGUACAAUGCUAGUCUAUUAGAGAACGUAGCUAGCGGCCACCUUAUGUAAACAGAGCUUUUGCUGGUGAAAAUUCUUAUGAAUAAAUGCUUAAAUUCCCGAAUUCUUUAUAGAUAGUAUGGACGUAAAACAGUCUCGAUCCUUGGUUAAAGGCAAAAAAACGUGCAGUUAGCAUUUAUUUUACCUAAAUAUGUCGAAGUACAACGCUAGUCUGUUAAUAAAUGUAGCUAGCGGCCGCCUUAUGUAAACAGAGCUUUUCCGGUGAAAAUUAUUGGGAAUAAAUGCUUUAGUCCCUGAAUUCUUUCUCGAUAUGGAUGUAAAACAGUCGCGAUUCUUCGUUAAAAGCAAAAAAAAAAAAAAGUGUAGUUACCAUUUAUUUUACCUAAAUGAAGUACAAUGCUAGUCUGUUGGUGAAUGUAGCUAGCGGCCGCCUUAUGUAAAUAGAGCUUUUCCGGUGAAAAUUCUUGUGAAUAAAUGCUUAAAUCCCGGAAUUCUUUAUACUGUAGAUAUCGAUUCUUGGUUAAAAGCACAACAACGACAAAAAAGCCGUGCAGUUAGCACUUAUGUUACCUAAAUAUGUCGAAGUACAAUGCUAGUCCAUUAGUGAAUGUAGCUAGCAGCCGCCUUAUGUAAACAGAGCUUUUCCGGUGAAAUUUUUUGUGAAUAAAGGCUUUAAUCCCUGAAUUCUUUAUAGAUAUGGGCGUAAAACAGUCUCGAUUCUUGGUUAAAAGCAACAACAACAACAAAAAAAAUGUGCAGUUAGCAUUUAUUUUACGUAGAUAUGUCAAUGCACAAUGCUAGUCUGUUGGUGAAUGUAGCUAGCGGCCGCCUUAUGUAAACAGAGCUUUUGCUGGUGAAAAUUCUUGUGAAUAAAUGCUUAAAUCCCCGAAUUAUUUAUAGAUAUGGGCGUAAAACAGUCUUGAUCCUUGGUUAAAAGCAAAAAAACUGUGCAGUUAGCAUUUAUUUUACAUAAAUAUUGCAAACUAUGAGGUCAAUGCAUUAGUGGCUAAUUUGUCCCAUUGAUUUUUUUUCACAACGUUUCAAAAUGCAGGCAUAGUAUGAAAAAUAUAAUAAUUUCCUUGAAUCCCCGAAUAAAUCACUCCUGAGACAAUCCUUUCUGUUUGUAUGCGGUACAGCUUUCGUACUUUUACAACAGAAAUCCGGCGUUAGAUCGCUGCGUGCGUGUUUGUGAAUAGCUCCUCUUGAUGUGGACGACCCCUAUGCGAGGCGCAGUGCAUGACCAAUCUGACCCGCCAAUACUAUUAUGAAGUCUAUGGUAGAGGUACCACUGUACACUUUUCAAUUCGCUAGGUCGUAUAUAUAAAGUGGGCCUGUCUGUUGCAUGGAACUCCAGGGCUGAAAAUGAGUCCCACUGAUGUGAAGGCAGCAUUAAUGUUGGCCCUGGUUCUGUAAAAUGUUUGAGAACCACUUUUAUACAGCAGUGCAGUACAGUUUUUUGUAGGUUUUUUUAUUUUUAGAUAGAGGUGGAAAAAACACACACUUGCCGGUGUGUCUCAACAAGCGGAAGUAACAGCUCGAUAUGUCACCUCUGCCGUGUCUUCUUUCGAGCUCUCGCAAAGGGAGGGUGGUAAAAGCGCACAACCUGACAUUGAUGUGCUCUUGUGAGGGAGGCGGGGCUAAAUUGAGAUGCAAGAUGGGUCUCGCCGAGUCAGGCUGCCACCUGAAUUCGCAUAUUGCAUUCCGCCUCGUUGAAAGUUUGUCUCUCCCCAGACGGACGGUUGUGUCUGCUACGUCUUCAAGCGCGUAAAAUUUACACAGACUUUGAAAGAGGUCCAGAAUAUAAGUCAGUCAAUGGAGGUGCUGGAUUUGCGGACAAACAGAGACCUCCAGUACGUGAGGGAGACUGAAGGCCUGAUGAAAGUAGUGGACGGGAGACUGAAAGUGGCCUCGGACAACCCCCGCAGUCUUAAUCCCAAAGGCUUUCAGGAUUUGAAAGACAAGAUGAGCGAGCUUCUCCGUCGCCUCCCUGUGCUGGAUCAAUACAAAUCAGACACCAAGAUGAUCCUGCUCCUCCGAGAGGAGGUGAGAAAUCUGUCCUUGGUUCUGAUGGCCAUCCAGGAGGAGAUGGGCGCCUAUGACUACGAGGAGCUGCGCCAGCGGGUGCUGCUGCUGGAGACGCGUCUUCACUCCUGCAUGCAGAAGCUGGGCUGCGGAAAGCUCACCGGAGUCAGUAAUCCCAUCACGGUCCGCGCGUCGGGGUCCAGGUUCGGCUCCUGGAUGACAGAUACGAUGAUCCCCAGCUCCGACAACCGAGUUUGGUCCAUGGACGGUUUUUUCAAGGGACGUCGCGUCCUGGAGUACCGCACCAUGAGUGACUUCAUGAAAGGUCAGAACUUCGUGCAGCACCUGCUCCCUCACCCUUGGGCCGGCACAGGCCACGUAGUCUACAACGGCUCGCUUUAUUACAACAAGUACCAGAGCAAUAUCAUCAUCAAGUACCACUUCCGGUCGCGGAGCGUCCUGGUGCAGCGUAGCCUGAGCGGCGCCGGCUACAACAACACCUUUCCCUACUCCUGGGGCGGUUCCUCCGACAUUGAUCUGAUGGCUGACGAGAACGGCCUGUGGGUGGUCUACACCACCAUCCCCAAAGCUGGGAAUAUCGUCAUCGGCCGCCUGGAGCCGCAGACUCUGGAAGUGCUGCAGACGUGGGACACCGGCUUCCCCAAGCGCAGCGCCGGUGAGUCCUUCAUGAUCUGCAGCACGCUCUACGUCACCAACUCUCACCUCGCCGGCGCCAAGAUCUACUUUGCCUACUACACCAACACGUCCAGCUACGAGUACACGGACAUCCCCUUCCACAAUCAAUACUCGCACAUCUCUAUGAUGGACUACAACCCCAGGGAGAGGGUCCUCUACACCUGGAACAAUGGGCAUCAGGUGCUCUACAACGUCACACUGUUCCAGGUCAUUAAGACUUCUGGGGAUUGAGAAGCCCGAUUUAUGUAGACUGGACACCUUUAAUGCUGUAUACAAUGUUUGGGGAGAGAAAAAAAAAAGAGCAAUUUCAAAUUGGGUGGGCGGGUGAGGGGAUUCUAUGUGUCAACAGGUACAGUAUAGGCUUGUAUUUUUUAACAAAUCUUCAUAGUGUGCUAUUAUUCACAUUGUGAAACACACAGCAAGGUCAGUAAUGAAACAAAAGACGGCAUUUCUGUUUUGUUUUCUUCCUGUGAUGAGUUAGCAUGGUCCAUUUUAAUUGUGAUGAGAAAUAAAUAUCAGUCUUUAACAUUUAAGACCUUGUGAUUCUUUUUUAUCCAAAAUCAAUAGGUGUUAAAGUUUCAAGAGUUAUUAACACUGCUGGUUAAAGAUCGUAAUUCAGAUUAAAUUAUCCUAUCUGAUUACUUCCAUUUAACGUGACAGGCUGCAUUUAGAUGGAACACUUACAUAUCAGUAUAGGCAGAGGUGGGUAGUGAUGCGUUACAUUUACCCCGUUACAUUGACUUAACCUCUUAAGAAAAAUGUAGUAAUUUUACCACGCCAUACGUUUUACUUGAUCAGAUUUGUGAUGAAGAAAUUACUAUCAUCAAACUACUCUUACUUUGGGCCACACGUAACAUUUUUCCUCUAUAUUCCUUUAUUUUUGUCUAAGAUAUUCACAGUAGCUCUGCCAGUUUCACCAAUGAGACAUUGCAACAAUAAUCGCGAUUCCAUUAUACCAAUCGGAUGUAACAAUACUAGGGAUGUCCCGAUCGCAUAUUUUUGCACCUGAGUCAGUCACCUGAUUUUGAGAAUCUGCUGCUACCGAGUCCUUAUCCAAUACUGAAAAAAAAAACAAAAGUUCCAAAUUGUAGACAAUACUCCAGCUUCCGGAGUAUAAAACUUAUAUAUAUUUUUUGGCAAUGCCAUUGAAUUUCUAGACUGUUAUUACUUUUAAACCCUUUAAAAAAAAAUUAUUUUUUUUUUUUUUUAACUAUAAACCUGAUUCUUUUCAACUGAAUCCGAUCCUCUGAAAAAAGUCCCGAUCAGUCCGAUUCUUGAUCAUGUGAUUGGAUCGGGGGCCUCCCUAAACAAUACAGUAACCUUCACACAAGCUUGCCUUCGGAAGUCCUAUGAUCACGGCCACCUGGCAAAUAGUGUAACGUCUUUAAAGCACCACAAAAAAAAUUUGGAAAACUAUUUGACAUAAACCACCCACUACUCGAAAGCUCGGAUUUCAACCUCUCUCCCAAUUUUAAUUCACCAUAGACUUCAUAAUGUAUUGUCGGGACACGGGGCCAAUAAAUAGAGGGCCUGCAUUGUUGGUGAGGCCGUCAAAGCUGACCGAGUGGAAUCACAGACCAAGAGCUUUUUCGCUGAAAAUUAUUGUGAAUAAAUGCUUAAAUCCCUGAAUUCUUUAUGAAUAUGGACGUAAAACAGUCUCAAUUAUUUGCUAAAAGCAAAGAAACCGUGCAGUUGGCAUUCAUUUCACGUAAAUAUGUCAAAGUACAAUGCUAAUCUGUUAGUAAAUAUAGCUAGCGGCCGCCUUGA